AUGGAGGGUUCGGCGACAGGGGGAAAUCACGGAGGCGAUCCUCGUGCCGAGCAUGCCGCAACCAAGGAGUCCGAGGAGGCGGCAACGCAACACCAUCUGACGCUGCUCCAGCCGAGCGUGGUCGAAGUUUCUGCAGCCGUGCUGGAUAAGGACAAGGUGGCACAGCACGAGUCGGUGGGGCUGGUCGGUGGCUCUCCUCCUUCUGGUGGACGGGGAAGGCGUAGGCAAAGGAAGAGCGAUGGGGAGGAGGAUGAUGACACCGCCGUGCCCGGGGACCUCACCACGCGGGCGAAGAGGCGCCAGACGACAGGUAGUGCUGACAACGCCGGAGGCGCGGAAGUUGACACACCGCGAGGCGCCAAGGAAGCUAGUGGCAAGGCGGGCGGUCAAGCAUUGCGCCAGAAGGGCCGCCCCGCAGCAAGAAAAGCAUCUGGCGGAAGGAGAGGCAAGAAAGCAGCGACAGGAACGAGGCCGAAACGGGGCGAUGAAGACCCCGGUGAUACGGAGGAGGAGGAGGAUGAGGAGGAGGAUGCGGAGGGAGAGGAGGAUGAAGAGGAAGCGGAGGAGCAAGACGCGGAUGUUGGGGAGGAUGCUAAAGAUGAGAAUGAUGGCGGGGAGGACGAAGAGGAGGAGGAGGAGGAGGAGGAGGAGGAGGAGGAGGAGGAGGAGGAGGAGGAGGAGGAGGGGGAUGAGGAGGAGGAGCAGGGUGACGAGGAGGAGGAGGAGGAGGAGGAGGAGGAGGAGGAGGAGGAGGAGGAGGAGGAGGAGGAGGAGGAGGAGGCAUCAGAGAAGGAGGAGGAGGAGGAGGAGGAGGAGGAGGAGGAGGAGGAGGAGGAGGAGGAUGUGGCGCCAGGGAAGAGACGGGGCGGGCGUGGCGGUCGGGUGAGUGGGACAGGGAAGGAGGGGGGCCGGACUCGCCCUUCCCGAAAACGCGGGGCAGGUGACGCUGCGCGCGGCGAAGCAGCGGGCAAACCGAAGGCGCGUAAGGUGAAGGUCGAAAGUGAAGGGGUUGGUAAAAAGCAAGGGAGCCAGGGUGCAAAAGGGGAUGGAGGAGGAAAGGGUGGCCGCGCCAAAGGGGUUCGAGUGGGUACCGGCAAGAAGGAACCUGCCGGUGAAAGUGAGGAGCACGAGCAGUUUGUUACACGGGAGGAGUUCCAGGCGCUGCGGUCUGAGAUGUACGCCAUGUUUGCACAGCUCGGCCUGCGUCGUGGAGUACCUGCCAGCUAUGCCGGCGGGUCGGCAGCCCUGCCUAUGGCUGGUACCCCGCCGCCGAUGAGCGCCGUGGACAAGGCACGAGUGCUAGUGUUGCAGGAGACAAACCCAUUCCCGGUAUGUGGCGGGCCAAAUGGGGCGGGUUGGGGUUGA